UCAAAGUCACAGAGCCUGAGACAGACAAGAGAGUAAACAUGAAGCUGAAGCUACCUAACCCCGGUCUGGACGAGCGGAUACCGACUCAUGCCCAGUUGGAGAAACUUGAGGUGGAGGAGGCGGACAGCAGACCCAAGUGGGACAAUAAAACCCAGUACAUGCUAACCUGCGUGGGGUUCUGCAUCGGACUGGGCAACGUAUGGCGGUUCCCCUAUCUAUGCCAGAGCCAUGGAGGAGGUGCGUUCAUCAUACCGUUCCUGAUCCUGCUGGUUCUGGAGGGAACUCCCCUGUUGUUCCUGGAGUUCGCCAUCGGCCAGAGGCUCCGGAGUGGCAGCGUGGGAGUAUGGAGGUCCAUCAGCCCCUACCUCACUGGAGUCGGCAUUGCAUCCAUGAUGGUAUCUUUCCUGGUGUCCCUCUACUACAACACCAUUCUGUCCUGGGUGAUAUGGUACUUCUUCAACUCAUUCCAAGACCCUCUUCCUUGGAGCCAAUGCCCUGUGAAUGAAAAUAGAACCGGUCUGGUGUCAGAGUGUGCUCGUAGCUCCUCCGUGGACUACUUCUGGUACCGCGAGACCCUCAACACCACCUCUACCAUUGAUGAGUCUGGCGGACUGCAAUGGUGGCUGGUCCUGGUCUCUCUUUGUGCCUGGACAGUGCUUUAUGUCUGCUGUAUCAGGGGGAUUGAGUCCACUGGCAAGGCUGUCUAUGUGACUUCGACUCUGCCAUAUGUGGUUCUUGCCAUCUUCCUGAUCCGUGGGUUGACCCUAAAAGGGUCUUCGAGCGGCAUAAUAUUCCUCUUCACCCCAGAUGUUCAGGAAUUGAUGAAUCCACAAACAUGGCUGGAUGCUGGGGCACAAGUUUUCUAUUCCUUCGGUCUUGCCUGGGGCGGGCUAAUCUCUUUCUCAAGCUACAACUCUGUGCACAACAACUGUGAGCUAGAUGCCAUCAUCAUCUCCAUAAUAACGUGUUGCACCUCCCUGUAUGCCGCUAUAGUCAUCUAUUCCAUAAUUGGGUUCAGAGCCACUGAGAAGUUUGACGACUGCAUUAGCGGGAAUAUUUUGGCACUGAUGAACACCUUUGACCUGGCUGAGGGAAGCGUCAACGAGACCAACUACGAAGCGGAGCUCCAAAGGCUGAAUGGGACUUCACCGGAUAUCAUUCAGGGCUUACAGCUGAGAACCUGUGACAUACAGACAUUCCUCAGUGAGGGUGUGGAGGGAACUGGCCUGGCCUUCAUCGUGUUCACAGAAGCCAUCACCAAGAUGCCCGUCUCCCCACUGUGGGCUGUGCUCUUCUUCGUUAUGCUAUUCUGUCUGGGUCUGUCCAGCUUAUUUGGCAAUAUUGAGGGGGUUGUCGUGCCACUCCAGGACCUUAACAUCCUGCCCAAGAAAUGGCCGAAAGAGGUUUACACAGGUCUAACAUGCCUUGUUUCCUUCAUCAUUGCUCUGCUCUUUUCUCAACGAUCGGGUAACUACUGGGUCUCACUCUUUGAUACCUUCGCUGGCUCGAUCCCUUUGCUCACCAUAGCGUUCUUUGAAAUGAUUGCUGUGGCAUACAUUUAUGGAAUAGAUAGGUUUAAUGAUGACAUUGAGUUCAUGAUUGGUCAUAGGCCCAACAUCUUCUGGAGGGCAACGUGGAUGUUCGUAAGUCCUUUGAUAGUGCUUGCCAUAUUUAUUGCUUACUUUGUCUCCAAAGUUUCAGAGGAGCUUACCUACACAACAUGGGACCCAGAUUCAGAAAACUUUCCGAAGUUGUUGGCGCGCACAUAUCCAGGCUGGAUCUACGUCAUCAUCUUUAUCCUGGCUGGUGUGCCGAGCUUGGCUGUCCCAUGUGUGGCGCUUUACAAAUAUAUUCAGAUUCGCUGCUGUAGGGGCCACUGAUGUUACUUUCCUAAAUUACAGAUUAAUAUUGUAGAUUAAUUCCAAUGCAUAUAGAAUAUGUGGAUUUCCCAGUAGUGUUUUAUUUUUAUUCUGUCAUGUAAAUAUGAUGCCAGAAUGCACUUUUGUUGAUGUUGUUUCUACAUUAUACGUGAAAAUACAGUCUUGAUAUAAAAUAUAGUAUAAAUUGAAUGUAUAUAUUUGCUUAAGA